ACCGCCAGGGGUAAUUCCGGAGAGCAGAGCCAGGAGUAACCCCUGUGCAUCGCCAGGUAUGACCCAAAAAGAAAAAAAAAAAACCCAGACAGCCAAGCACUGAGUUGGGGUAGCCCCCAGCACUGCGGGGUGGGGGGAGCCUGCGCCCUGAGGGCUCCCCGCCUGUGGGUUCGUGAAUGUGGGCGUGGGGCACCUGUGCUCGCUCCCCAGGGAGGCUCUGUCUGCUUCCAGGCCUGCCGCCCCCACGUUGCCCACACCGACUCCCUCCCGGGUGCUCCUGCCCCAGCCCCCGAGAGCCUGGGUCACCCAUCACGUUCCGGCGGCAGGGUCACCACUGCCCUUUCUUUGCAGGGGCCCCAGCCCAGCGCAGCUGGGGGCUUUGUGGGCGGGGCGCAAGGCCGGUGCCCGCCCCCCGGGCAGUCUGGGGCAGCCCUGUUCCCCGGAGCCCGGAGAGAGGGGCAGGGCAGAGGCCCCUCACUCAGCCCUCAGAGUUUUGCCCUGGAGUGGCCUCUGGGACUGGCCACCUGGACUCAGGCCGCAGUGCUGUCCCCAGGUGGAGGCGGCCGAGCUGCCGUUUCUGUCCUGUCUGCGUCCUGGGCUUGAGGUCCAUGUGCCAUGAGCACUCCUGUCACCCUGUCCGCUCGCGCCCGCGUGUUUGCUGGUUCCAGUGGCUCCUCCUGGGCCCGCUGGCCGUCGGAGGCUGGACUGUGCCGUGUUGGUGCAACGCGGGUUUCCCGGCUUCACCCUGGCCUAGAUUCUUGUCAUCCUCUGGGCUGUGAAGGUGCCUGGCCCGGCCGUGGCCGUUGGAGAGCACGGAGACUCGGCCCGCGGGGCUGGGCCCUGGACACUUGUCCUGCCCGUCCCCUUGCCGAGGACGGCCUCUGUCUCCGUGGCGUGAGCACUGCUCCCUCAGACACGUCCUAGCCCAAGAAUUGUUUUGGUUUUUGUUUCUGGACCACACCCAGCGGUGCUCUGGGCUCAUUCCUGGCGGGCCCGGGACCACCGGCCGUGGGCUAGGCAGAUGCCCUCCCGCCGUGCUGCCGCCCGCCCCAGGACUGAGCUUUUAAGCACUGAACUGUCUGAACCAUCGAUUCGGAGCCGGUCAUCCUGCCCAGCCUGACCCAGAGGUCCUGUCCCGUCCCAGUGCCCUUCUCUUGCUGGGUGGGCGCGCCACUCCUGAGGCCCGUGGCCAUUCACUGCCCGUGUACGUGACUCGCCAUGCCUGAGGAGUGAGGUGGAGGGCCUGCGGCCGAGCAUGGACGGGGAGGAGCAGUUCUUUGACGCCGUCACGGGCUUUGACUCCGCCAGCUCUUCUGGGGAGUUUUCCGAGACAAGCCCCCAGGAUGCCGGGGAGAGCCCCCCCCAGGAGAAUGGGGUCCGGAAGCACAGGACGUCGCUGCCCGCGCCCAUGUCCAGCAGGAGCGACUUCACUGUCUGGAGCAUCCUGAGGAAGUGCAUCGGCCUGGAGCUGUCCAAGAUCACCAUGCCCAUCGCCUUCAACGAGCCCCUGAGUUUCCUGCAGCGGAUCACGGAGUACAUGGAGCAUGUGUACCUCAUACGCCGGGCGUCCUGCCAGCCCCAGCCCCUGGAGAGGAUGCAGUCUGUGGCUGCCUUCGCGGUGUCAGCCGUUGCUUCCCAGUGGGAGAGAACCGGCAAACCCUUCAACCCUCUGCUGGGAGAGACGUACGAGCUGGUCAGGGAAGACCUGGGCUUCAGGUCCAUCUCGGAGCAGGUCAGCCACCACCCGCCCGUCAGCGCCUUCCACUCCGAGGGCCUCCGGCAGGACUUCCUGUUCCACGGCUCCAUCUACCCGAAGCUGCGCUUCUGGGGCAAGAGCGUGGAGGCCGAGCCGCGCGGCACCAUCACGCUGGAGCUGCUGGCGCACCAGGAGGCCUACACGUGGACCAACCCCACGUGCUGCGUGCACAACGUCAUCCUCGGGAAGCUGUGGAUCGAGCAGUACGGCACAGUGGAGAUCGUCAACCACAGGACCGGGGACAAGUGCGUGCUUCACUUCCGGCCCUGCGGGCUGUUUGGCAGGGAGCUGCACCGCGUGGAGGGCCACAUCCAGGACAAGAACAGGAAGAAGCUGUUCAUUAUCUACGGCAAGUGGACCGAGUGUCUCUGGGGCAUCGAGCCCGCCGCCUACGAGAGCUUCCGGAAGCAGGAGCGCAGGGGCGCCCCGAGGAGGCCCAGCCUGGACGGGGACGUGGCGGACAUGGUGCCUGAGGCGCAGGAGGCCGCGCAGGUCAUCCCCGGCAGCAAGCUGCUCUGGAGGGCCAGCGGCCGGCCCCCCAACUCGGCCCAGAUGUACAACUUCAGCAGCUUUGCCCUAAGCCUCAACGAGCUAGAGGCGGGCAUGGAGGAGCGCCUGGCACCCACGGACUGCCGCCUGCGGCCCGACAUCCGCUGCAUGGAGAACGGCGACAUGGAUGUGGCCAGUCAGGAGAAGGAGCGGCUGGAGGAGAAGCAGCGGGAGGCACGGAGGGGGCGCGCCAGGGAGGAGACCGAGUGGCAGACGAGGUGGUUCCGCCGGGGCAAGAACCCACACACUGGCUCUCCCGACUGGCUGUACACAGGCCGCUACUUCGAGCGGGACUUCUCGGGCUGCCCUGACAUCUACUGAGCGGCUGGCCGGCCCGUCACUGGCCGCUGGGCACUCCCAGGGGAACUGUGGUCACGGCACUGGCCCACCCGAGGCUGGACCCAGAAGGCCAUCGAGCCAGGCGUUUCUCUAUAAAGCUUCGUCGGGACCAGCGGGACCAGAGUGUCCUCGCCUCGGAGACGGGGGCCCUAUGUCCCUGUGGACGGCUGCUGCGUGUCUGAAGGGAAGGGCCGGAGAUCUCCCGGCUGGCACGGCAGCUGGAGAGCAGGACACGCAUCCACCAGCCCGGCUGCCGCCGCACUGAGGCCUGUGGACAGAUGUCCAGCAGGGCCAGGGCACCUGCACAGCGGGAGGGCGCUUGCCUGGCACGCGGCCCACCUGGGUCUGACUCCUGGAACCCCGUAUGGUCCCUUAGGCCCCGUCAGGAGGGAUCUCUGAGUGGAGGCCAGGAGUAAGCCCCGAGCACUGCCGCGUGUGGCCCAAAAACCAAAAAAAAAAAAAGUAAAAAGGAAGUUAUUUGGU